CGUCGCGUUAACUGACAGUUUUGCAGUUUGACUUUUAAAAAGUAAUUAAAAUAUUUAUUGCGCUGUGAAAUUGAAAUCAGAAGCAUCAGGUAUUUACUAAGUGAAUUUUUCUACAUUUUUCAUAACACGUGCUUUUUGACACACCGAUAUCGCUUUUGGAUUUGUUUAUAUUUUUAUAUCAUCGCGCUUAGACGUCGUUUCGUCUUACCAUGAACGUCCUUCUGAAGGAAUUGACUCAAUUCUUGAGUAAAACGGCCCGGUUGGACCUGAAAGCCGUUUCAUUGACGCACAUUCUUGGGCUGACAGGAACAAAAGCAGGUAUAGAGCUAAUAGGUCAGAAUUUAAAGCUUCUGGGAAACGUCGUGGCGCUUGUUGACGAUGACUCGGACGUGAUACGGAAGGACGCCGUUUUGGCAUUGGUCAACAUUUCUGCCGAAGAAUCGGGAGCUGAGGUGCUUGUUAACAAAUUUUUAGCUCAACUGGUACCCAAGGCGUACGCUAGCAUUUUGGAUGAGACCUCAAAGCUGUCUGAUCCCUGGAGUAUGCUUUUGUGUAACUUAAGUCGGCCGGAACAGUUCGUCGAAGCUGUCCUGGAAGAGCUACACAAAAUAGAACAUUCCAUAGACAAACUUACAACCUGCUUUACACGGGUCAAUUACAACCAGGCGAAGGGACACCUCAACUACUUGGGACCUCUGUUCAGCAAUCUAUCUCAAUGCAGAGCAGGACGGGAAAUAUUCUGCAACCGAACGACUGGCCUUUUGGUGCGAAUUCUGCCCUUUGUGCAUCACGAGGGCAGUAUCGUCCGCAGAGGAGGGGCCGUUGGUCUUUUGAAAAACAUUUGCUUCGAUUCGAACGUUCAUCAGUGGCUGCUGGAUGACGGGAUCGACGUACUUCCGUUUAUUCUUCUUCCUUUGGCCGGGCCGGAAGAAUUCGACGAUGAGAUCAACGAUAAGCUGCCAGUUGAGCUACAAUAUUUGGGUCCGGAUAAAAAACGUGAAGAGGAUCCGGAUAUAAGGAAGAUGCUGCUGGAAUCGCUGGCUCAGUUGUGUGCCACCAAAAAAGGUCGAGAGCAUUUGCGGGGUCGAGGGACCUACGAAGUCCUGAGAGAAUUGCACAAAUUCGAAUGUGGGAGUGAAGGUGACCCGAGGGUCUUAGUGGCUUGCGAAAACGUUGUUGAUAUUCUCAUAAGAACGGAAGACGAAAUUGGAGAAGACAAUUUGAAAACUCUAGAGAUUCCCGAGGAUAUGAAGCAAAAAAUUGAAGACUUAAACGACAAUAAAUAAAUUGAUUUAUUUUAUUUUUCAAUUAACGAUCAGUUCUUCCAAUAAAUUUUUAAGUCUUAC